CCGACAAGUUCCCGUCCUGUUUGUGUUGUUUAUGUAUUAAUCUAAUAAUCUAUUAUUUUAUUCAUUGCAAUCGGCAAAGCAGAAUGGCGACAGGGAAAAUCAGCCGCCGGCGAGAUCGAGCUGAGACCCUUGUGGAAGCAGCGCUUCUAGUCCUCAACACAGCGGACCCAUUCGAGAAGGCGCAGCUCGGCGACUCAGUCGCUUCUCAGUGGCUCCAGGGGGCCAUCACUCAGCCCUACGACCCGUCUCUGGCCCUCCCCGUCCCAGAUCGCCCCGCCACGCUCUCCAACGUUAAGUUGGUGUCACCGAGUCUCAUGCCGAAGCUUGGAAAAGCAGGUAGCUUGCAGAGUAGGCAGGCCAUUGUGCAUAGUCUUGUGCACACUGAGAGCUGGGCUAUUGACUUGUCUUGGGAUAUAAUAGCUCGCUUUGGUAAGCAAGCUGCAAUGCCAAGAGACUUCUUCACCGAUUUUGUUAAGGUGGCUAAGGAUAAGGGCCGACACUUCACUCUCCUUGCAGAACGGUUAGAGCUGCUGGGUUCUUUUUAUGGAGCAUUACCAGCUCACGACGGCCUCUAGGACUCUGCUACUGGUACUUCCAAUGAUCUCUUAGCACAUCUGGCAGUUGAGCAUUGUGUGUCCAUGAGGUGUUUUUUCCUUACCAACUUUCUUAAUUUAAAAUGAAUUCAUUUGG